CUUAGCUUAUGGUCCUGUCUUGUAUGGUUCUUUAAAGUUGGAGAAAAUACAUUUCAUAUUGUCAUAGAGAGAAAAAAUAUACAUGGCAGAAAGUUACAACCUGUUCGGUUGCUUGUCAUAAACGAGUUAUAGGUUGCAACAAGUGUAUUUCGACGUCAGCUAUUUGAAUCGGUGUGAGACAAAACCAAGCUUGUGAUCUACAGUUUAGUACGUGGCAACAUUUUCCAAACCCCUUGUGUGAUAAAUCUGACAACUAUUUCACCAAUUACUAUUUCUUGACUGGAGUUGUACGGUGCACCGUUUAGUCAUUUAUCUGAGAAAAUUGUUUCAACCCUGGUCAUGUGGUAUCUGGUACUAAGUCUGCUGCUGUCUGUUCUCGCACUUAGCGAGGGAACGCUGCUUAUCGCCCCAACGUUUACCAAGGUUGCCAUGGUGAAUGAAGGAACGACAACCAAUGAAAUUCUCUCUAGCUUGACGUGCACCGACAGCGAUGGAGACCUGACGUCAAUGUCUGUCAAGUCAAUGACGCCGUCAAGUCCAUGUUCGAAGUGUUUCGAGGUCUUGUCCUGUGGGGCUGCGGACUGUCUCCAGUACCGAGCUGGGGUUGGAACCCUGGACUACACCUCGGCACAAUAUUACCUGGUCACCGUCUCGUGCACGGACAACAAGGAGACGCCGGUCACAGAGGUCAUCGAGGUCGAGGUCAUACCAAACUCACCCCCGUACUUUGACCCCGAUAAGCUCUACGUGCUAGACACCAUGGACUCAAGCGUCGCAGCAGGUCAGGUCGUCUAUGACGUCGAUGCUACGGAUGACGAAAACGAUGACAUCACAUACAGUCUGGAAGUCCUUCCGUCGUCCUCUGCUAGUCAUUACAUCAUUGAUAAAUAUACGGGCAAGAUCACAACAACAGUUCCACUGAAGGCCGAAUGCAACAAUGACGUCACAUUUCGUGUCACAAUCAACGACGGUAAAAACACUGCCGGACCCUUGGUGAUCGAUAAGUCAAUAACAAAUCCGAACACAGCACCAGUGGCCUCAAACCUGGACACGACGAUCCAGAUACCGGAAGACGCGACUGGCACCGCCUACAAGAUCCGGAUGAUUGACGGCAACGGGGAUCCGCUGACGUACACAGUGACGUCAUCCAACGCUGCGGGUUUCGCGCAGUUCAAGCUUAAUCCUAAUGGAGACAUCAAUAUCGCAAGUGCCCUGGACUAUGAGAACGUGGCCUUGAGACAGACUGACCUUCAGAUCCAGGCCACGGAUGGUUACUGUCCGUCACCCAAAUACUCCCUGCGGCUACAGGUAACCGACGUCAAUGAGCCUCCAACUAUCUCACCUGUAACAAGCAGUAUUCAAAUAUGCGAGGGACAGAGAACAUUCAGCCCAGGCUACAAGGUCAUUGACCCCGACACCCCGGACACCCAGAGGUGGUAUUUCGACAAAACCCACUCCGACCCCAACGGCUACUUCAGCAUCGACAGCACGAACGGCGACCUCACAACCCUCCUCGAUUAUAACGUGGACAACCCGAACCCCAUGCCAACCACUCACACCUUUAAAGUUGUGGUUGCUGACAAGGGCGGGUUGACGGCCACAGCGACAGUAUCAGCAACAUUUGUAGACUGUAAUGACAACCCGCCGGUUUUUGUACAACCCGAUUAUGUGGCUAGUGCCACAGAGUGUACGGCAGCAGGUACCAAACUGAUCACAAUAACCGCCACGGAUAAAGAUUCGUCACGUGAACAGAACAACGUCAUCUACUACCAGGGUUCGGGUGGGUCCGUGUACGUGGGUACUGGGGGUGAGGUCAUUGUGGGUCAGGCAAUGCCUGCAGGGACCGUGGUCACGUUUGAGGCCUACGCUUUUGAUAAAGGACAGACGCCUGGACCUUUAAGGAGCGUCAACCCUGCAGUGAUAAGUGUUCGGUUUACGCCCUGUCCGACCACACAACCACCGGUGGUAGUGCCCACGACAGCCGCACCAGCGACGACAACCUCCACAACUACCACCACCACAACAGCCAAGACAAAAGUGGAUUCGAACCUGCCCUGGAUCAUCAUAGCAGCCCUGCUAGGUGCGGCCAUGCUGGGUCUACUGGCCUGUAUGUUGUGGCGCUACGGCCACCUCUGUCUGCACGCUUGUAAAAAUUUCAACUGUGAAAAGAAAUGUUGUAGGCCCAGGCCUAGGAGAAUCCUGACACCCAAGGUCGAAAGAAGGCAGCCAGUUAGGUCCCCCAUUGAACUAGAACCCGAAGAGAAGGAACCACCACCAAAAGGUCCCGGAUUUUUGUUUGGGUUCUGGAAAGAACGGUUCCCAGACGACGAUUUCAAACAAGAGCCCCAGCGGAAGACCCUCCCCGCCCCCGGGGACAUGGACGCCCACUACCCUCACACAAUCGACGCCGUGGAGGACCCGCUGACGCCACAGGUUCCAGACACGGCGGCACCAAAGAAAAAUUGCGUCAUCAUGUAGGAGGGUGGAGUAGAGUGGUCGAAUAUAUCCUGAUUGUGCCAAAUUAAUUAAAGAUGAUUUGUAAAUCACAUGAUGUUUGUUGGGGGUUGGGAGUGUGGGCGGUAUUUAUCCUCAACACGUCAGAUAUGAACUGUUUUGAUUGUUACCUGGUGUAAAAGAGAUGGUUGUGUUCUAUAUAUCGACAUGUCCGAAAAUAUAAACAAAAAUCUCUUGUUGUUUAUAUGUAAAAUGAAGGUACGGGAUAGAGUCACCUUUCCAUGUUUGCAUGUUAACUACAAAUGCUUUACUCGACUGAUACUAUAGUACAACAAUUCUGGCUAGGGGGGGGGGGGGGUGACACAAUUUUAGAGCAGUUUAAAUCCAUGCUGGUAUAUAACUAAUUUUUAAGUUGUCCAAGAAAAUAUAUUACAGUAUUUACGUUUCAAUUUUUUUUUUUAAAUAACGUAUGCAUACAUUUAUAUUUUGUAAGUAAAGUUAUUAUAGUUUGGGGCUAUUCUACUGGCAGAGUAAUUAACUGUUCGCUAAUGAGAUAAGUCGGAGGUAAAAUAAUUAACGUCCUUUGAUGCCCACGUGUCCUCGUCAACCAAUGAAAUGUCAUCUCACGCCCUUGUACGAGUCACGUGAGAGAUCAGUGACGUCUUCUGAUGAGUCACCCGGUCAGAAAUUUCUCGGCCAUAUUAGUUCACUUGGCUUUAUCUUCGUUUGUCUCCCUUUAAAAAUGACUAUUUCCUGUUCAACGACCUCCAAAGGAGUGAAGGAACGUUUUAUUGUUUGCAAUAAAUGCACGUGUAUAUAAAAACCAAUAUAUUUUUAUCAACUUAAUAAGACAUGGCAUUGCAUACAUUUUACGUUUAGACAAUUGAAAAAGUGUACACAUAAAAAAGUAAGUUAAAUAACAUUAUUGCAGAGGCGUAUCAACCCUU